AGAUUUCCGUAUGAGAAAGGAAGAACGCAUCGCAGUAGCCAGUCCUGCUAGAGCGUAUGCACUCACAGAAAUCUUAAGGAAGCGAAUGAAUCGCAAAAAUCACAGCAUUCCUCUCCUCAUAGACAAAGGCAGGCUAUGCACUAACUCUGCAGACAUAUGUGAACUAUUCAACAAAACGUUUGCAGGUAACUACCUUAAGCCCUCAGUCCAGCUACUCGAUAUACACCCUAUUACUAAAAUGGCACCAACUCCACUGACACCAAACCAAAUUAGCACUGUUCAAUUCACUUACGCUGACAUUAACCAAACUAUAAGAACCCUCAAAAGUUCAAAAGGUUUCGGUACCGACGGUAUAUCAUCUUACUUCUAUAAAUAUGGUGGCCCUGACAUUCCUCUACUACUGCUUAAAAUAUUCACAAUGUCCCUAGAAACCCAAACUUACCCUGACAUAUGGAAGACUACAUUCAUUAUGCCUAAACACAAAUCUGGCUCGAAAACUGAAGUCAGUAACUACCGGCCAAUCAAUAUCACACCUAUAGCAUCUAGAAUCAUGGAGAGACUAGUCAAAAAUAACCUAAUCAAACACAUGCUUAGCUGCAACAUCAUAAGUCCGAACCAACAUGGAUUCCUGAAAUCCAGAUCAUGUUUAACAUGUCACCUAGACUUCUUCAAUUUUGUAACCAGCAGUCGUGACAGACGGCAACUAGUACUUGUCAUCUACUUUGACAUUUCUAAGGCAUUUGACCGUGUUGACCAUUUACUGCUAACAAAUAAACUGAACUCCUUAGGAAUACGUGACCCAUUAUUAGGAUGGCUUAAAUCAUUCCUUAACAAUAGGUCCCAAAUAGUUAAACUCGGGUCUGCAACCUCCAAACCUAGCCCUAUCACUUCUGGUGUAGUACAAGGUAGUGUCAUUGGACCCCUCCUAUUUACACUAUACAUCAAUGACAUAUGCGCUUGCUUCACGCACGGGAAACCAUUCAUCUUUGCAGAUGACCUAAAAGUAGCUUAUACAUUCCAACGUGAUGACUUAGGGAACUUCGAGAAUGUAGUACAGAAGGAAUUAGAUAAAAUGGCUGCUUGGUCGUCCCUAUGGAAUCUCCAAUUUAAUCUGAACAAAUGUGGCUGGAUCUGCUUCGGUGCACCCUCAAUCGACCUGAAAUUAACGCUCCAAUCUGCUAACCUAACAAGACUCCGAAAUGUCGUUGACCUAGGCCUGAGGUACUCUAGUGACUUGACAUUCUCAGAGCAAGUAGCAUCACAGACUAGAAAAUCGAGGAUGCUCUUAGGAUGCAUACUCAGGAACUUUCACGACAAUGAAGCCAAGCUAAUUCUGUACAAAACAUGUGUCAGACCACUACUAGAAUACUGUCCAUUUAUUAUAAGCAGCACUCGCACACGUGACAAGCUAAGGAUGGAAAGUAUCCAACGAUAUUUUACCUCAAAACUGCUUGGCUACGAUUGUAAGGAAGACUACAUCUCACGGUGCAUGAUCCUAAAACUCGACCCACUUUGGACAAGGCGACUUAUUAUAAACCUAAUAUUCUUCUUUAAGGUCCUUCACAAAAUAUCUUUCUCAGGUAACAGGGACAUACAAUUCGCACAGGAAGGUUCUUACGAUCUGCGUAACCAAACUUCCACAGUGACAACUCAUUCUUUUAAGUCAACACUCCGUGAAAACUUCUUCACAGUCAUGUAUUCUAAAAUAUGGAAUAGCCUACCCCUAGAUAUCAGAACUUGCUCUUCGGUUACAAGCUUCAAACGCUCUCUAUACAGACUGUUGCACUCUACAGAUUAUAUUAAUAAACUAUUUACUCCUAGAACGAAUCAAGCACUAAUCUACUACAGCACCUAAAAGACGCACUUCAACACCCUUAGCAAUCUUUAAACUAUAAAUAAACUAGCAGCAUGGAUGCAUAAAGACAUAGUACGGAACAUACAGGAUUAGUCUACCCUUAGAAAUAGGACCUAUCCCUCAUUGUAACCUUCAAACGCUUGCUAUGUAAACUGUUUUAUUCUAAAGACUAUCCCUACCAGAACCCAUUACUUAUUUCUAAAACGCAUCAGUCAUUAGAACAAUAAAAACGCUCAGACUAUUAAUACACAUUAUGACAUUAAAUAAACUCUAAGACUUCGCAUAAAUACGUGAAAACGCAGAUACAAUAUAGAAAAAUGUUUACUUAAGUAUAAUUAAGAUAAACAUUUAUAAAUGAAUCAUGUAUUAAUGUUCUUUUCAUGUUCACAUACUUUCUCUUUCUGGUAUUUUGCUGCUCCUAUUCAUCUUCUGGUCGAGGUCGAACAACCCUGCAUCUAAACUGAAAUGAGGAUUAAUUCCAAACCGUCUAUCUCAUAACCACUCAAAUUCCAUGAACGAUCCAAUUCUACCAUUUGAAGACGCUGGCGAACAUGCUGUAAAUGAGUAUUCAUGAUCUGAAAUGAAGAAGCAACUGGUUUUCAAACAGUUUUCAACGUUUUACUCAACUUACGAAUACAGUCCGCCAUGCAGACACAAAUGGAGCAAAUGGAGGAUUCUGGAAUCGACCUCGGCACCAUUUGAUGCAGUAAAACAACCCAACAUGACCUUAUUUAGUUUUCGUAUCCACGAUCAAAUUUCUUUCCUGUUAUGAAACUACGAUAAGAGUGCUGAAAAAAUGGAAUAAAUAUAUCACUGAUCUCAACAUAAUACAUCAAUAAUCUUUAAGCCAUGGGUGCUGCUCACAACAAAGUUAUAUAAGAGAAUUGACUUCAAGCUUUAUUUUUCCCAGAUAUCUGUAUUACAUUCAUCUGAUGUCUGGGUUUUUUGUUAAUGCGAAGACAAUAUUUCUAUAUCUCUUUAUGUGCUACACAAACAGACUUUAUAGCAGACUGUUCCUACUGACUCUAAUGUCAGAAAGAACAACCAAACUGUAAAUUCAUUAUACAUUAAAUUGUGUGUAAUUUAUAUAAUAACUUAUCCAUGCCUGUACAAUUGGUAUGUUCCUGCAUAAACAGGAAGAAAUAUAUAUAUAU